CAGACCAUUACGGAGAUUCAUUGCCAUUGUCGGUUGACACCUGUGAAACGGUCCCUCGGUAUCUCGCGAUUUAAUUCAUUCUUUACUCCCGUCCUCCGAAUUCAUCGCAGAAAUGGCUAGCACUCAGGGUGUCAAUGUCCUCCGUUACUCGGCUCUCGUUGCCGGUCUCGUCUACGGUGUCUACCACCAGUCCUCCCUCAACUCGAUCACCAAGCGCACAGAGAUUGAGCACGAGUACGCUCGCAAGGAGCGCCUGAUCGAGCAGGCCAAGGCCGAGUACAAGAAGAAGACCCAACCCCAGGAGAUCAAGACACAGCAGCCCACCGGACUCAUCACGAAUUUCGAGGACCCCAAGUUCGACCUGGAGGCAUUCUUGCAGGCCAAGGCUGCGGAGUCGCAGUAA